AGAGUGUACCAGGCCACUAGUGUUGUGACGGCAACCGUGGCCACGACUCGUUCUCCGAGCGUGUGUAACCGGCGACAAACCACCACGUCCGCGGUUGUCCUCGGAAAUAUUUCCUUUCGACGACUUUCGAUGUCGCCGAAAAGCGACAAUCCACGACGACGAGCCCCUAACGUCUUUCUCUGCCGAAUUUCCAGGGCUCGAGGAGGAGGAGGAUUCGAAAGGACUGAUUCCGAGGAGGAAGAAGAGGAAGAAGAUAACAAAUAAUACUUUGAAAUAUAAUUUAUAUAAGACCAAGAGCAGACGUAUAUAUUCGUGUUUAGAGUUGUGCUGCUGAAUACUUCGAACCCCUCUAGUUUGCGUUGGCACGCGCGCGCGCGCGCGCGCUCGCACAAACCCCAUACCACGUGGUUAACGUCGGAUCAGCUGUCCUCACCGAUCUCAUAUCUCUACGAUAUCAGGAAUGCACAUACUGAAUCGUGAUAAAAUAGAAAAGAUGCGACGGGAAUCGGUUGGAAAGCUCGCUGUAACAGAUUUGAAUUUAAAAUCUUUGAAAGGAUCGUUAACAAUGAGACGUCUUUUCAUCUUGCAAAUGUUCAUCGUGAUCGCUCGUACAACUUCGGAAACUCUGCGACGAGAACCUUCGAACGUAAGAGGAUUGUACACGCUAGAAAAUCAUCUUUACGAUCACGAGAUCGUGAUACCCCGUAAGGUUAGCCAUAAAGGCGAGUUAAUCUCGCAUAACGUGAGUCAUCAUCACGACGAGGACGGAUCUGAAGUACAUUAUCGAUUGACAGUAGCCGGCAAAGAGUAUCAUAUCGAAUUGACAGCUGUCGAGGACUUCAUCGGAUCGAGUAUGAUCGUCGAGAGACACAAACGCGAUUACCAUAUUCGGACACCGGCAAAAAACCGUUCGACCAAGUGCCAUUAUCGUGGAUUCAUCCGUAACCAUCCGAAUUCUCGAGUUGCUUUAUCUGCUUGCGAUGGUCUGGCGGGUGUGCUGCACAGCGUGGAUGGCGAGUUCUGGCUGGAACCAGUCGCCGUCACCGCAUUAUCGAAGAAAGGGGAAGAGGUGGAAAAGUUGGAAAGACACGAGAGAAGACGGAGAAGUUGUUGGAUCCGCGUACCGUCAAAGGUGCUCGACGGCAAAGGUGCUGCCGCUGCAGCUGCUGCUGCCGCUGCCGCUGCCGCUGCUGCUGCUGCUGCUGCUGCUGCUGCUGCUGCUGCUGCUGGUCGUCCUCACCUCGUUUUCCGGCGAACUGCCGAGAAACGAACGCGUGAAAUUGGCACCGGUUUGCCACCAACUCGAGGACCCAGACGCCGGCGCAAAAAGAAAAAGAAACAAGAGAGAAACUGCGGCACUCGCGAACCAAGGCGAUUGACGGAGACUCGUCUCGAGUGGCAAACGCAGCCUGGUCUGGUUCAAGUUCAGGGUCGAGGUCGAAAGAAGCAUCAUCAUCCAACGAAGCAUCAUCCAACAAAGUGGUGGCAACGUUCCAAGAGAUCGAUCAGUAGGCCACGUCACGUCGAGGCACUCGUAGUUGCAGAUACAACGAUGAUGGCUUUUCAUCAGGACGGCAACGUUGACACUUAUCUUCUGACGAUUAUGAACAUGGUUUCCUCGCUCUAUCUUGAUCCUACCAUUGGCAACUUUAUUAACAUAGUCGUCGUCAGAAUCAUUCUCGUUGAGGACGAAGAAGCUGAGCCGGACAUCACAGUAAACGCGGACAAAAGCCUCUACAAUUUUUGCAAAUGGCAGCAGAAACUGAAUCUAGGGGACGAUACGCACCCGAAUCAUCACGACGUCGCGAUUCUCGUGACGAGAGAGGACAUCUGCUCGAGAGCAAAUACACCUUGCAGUACGUUGGGAGUGGCCCACGUGGCUGGCAUGUGUCAACCCGAUCGUAGUUGUAGCGUCAACGAGGACAACGGUAUCACCCUCGCGCACACAAUCACUCACGAACUUGGACAUAACUUUGGGAUGUACCACGACACGGAAAAAAUCGGUUGCAGUAAACGCGAUGGUGAUACUUUACACGUCAUGACGCCUACAUUCGAAGUGGACACUGUUGGUGUCGCUUGGUCGAGAUGCUCCAGAAGAGAUAUUACCAAUUUUUUAGAUCAAGGAAAAGGUGAAUGCCUAAAAGAUGAGCCUACAGUCCAACCCACUCAGUAUCCUUAUCCGGAACUACCACCAGGAGCUAUGUAUAAUGCUGAACAUCAAUGUAGACUUCAAUUUGGCGUCAAAGAUGCAUCGGUCUGCUCUCCUCUGCAGGAGAUUUGUUCUAAAUUAUGGUGUAUCGUCGAUGGUUCCUGUACAACCAUGUUACAUCCAGCUGCACCUGGAACUCAUUGUGGAAAACAUAUGUGGUGCCAAAAUCAAAAAUGCGUACCGAUCGUCGAUCGAUCGCAUCCAAUCGACGGCAGUUGGGGCGAAUGGGGUUCCUGGAGCGAAUGUUCGAGAAGUUGCGGUGCCGGGGUGUCGAUCAUUGAAAGGAAAUGUGAUCACCCGGAACCAGCGCACGGUGGAAAAUUUUGCAUCGGUGAAAGACGCCGAUAUAAAAUUUGCAACACUGAGCCUUGUUCCGAAGGAACUCCCACUUUUCGUGCAGUCCAGUGCACCAAUUAUGAUGGAAAAGAAUACAAAGGAAAAAAUUACACUUGGCUGCCUUACUUUGAUCAAACCGAACCAUGUGAACUUUACUGCACUGACAUAGAAGAAAGCGUGAUUGUUCCUUGGGGUGAAGCUGCCCUUGAUGGUACGCCCUGUAACGUCGGUACUCGGGACAUGUGCAUCGCAGGAAUAUGUAGAAAAGUCGGCUGCGAUUGGACCGUUGAUUCUGAUGCCACGGAAGACCGAUGCGGUAUCUGCCAUGGCGAUGGCACACAGUGUGAGACUACUAAUGGAAUUUACGACAAGAACGAUGGGCCAGGAUACAAGGAAGUCAUUGUAAUUCCUUACGGAUCACGUAAUAUCAAAAUAGAAGAAAUUGGAAAUAGUAAAAACUACAUUGGCAUUGGAGUACCAAAGUCUGACAAGUACUUCCUUAAUGGAAAACGGCAGAUCACUCUAGCAGGAGAAUACGAAGUUGCCGGAACUCCGGCCCUCUACGAACGUGAACGGGACAGGGAAAAGAUUAGGAUACCUGGCCCUAUCAAAGAAGACAUUGCGAUUUACUUAAUUUACAGGGGACACUAUCGGAACUUUGGCCUGCGUUACGAAUACACAGUACCAAAAAAGGAACCUGAUCGUGCCCCGGAAUAUAUCUGGAUAUUUUCCGAUUGGUCGUUGUGCACGGUAACCUGUGGUGGUGGUACGCAAACGUCUCAAGCUCUCUGCCAAGAAAAAAAGAGUGGUGCUGUUGAAGAACACUUUUGUGACACUACGAUUAAACCCGAAGCAAAAUUACGCGAAUGUAAUUCAAAUCCUUGCCCUGCCAGAUGGUGGGUAGGCCCAUGGCAAAUGUGUCCUGUGACCUGCGGCAAAGGUGCUUUGCGUAAAAGAUCAGUCAUGUGCGUGUCAUCGGGUACAGGAACGGACCGAUCUGACCUAGCUUUACCAGACAAAGAUUGCGACAAGAAUACAAGACCCGAGGAAGUAGGUCCUUGUCAAAAUUUACCACCAUGUGAACCAUCCUCGGAAAUACCUUUGAUAGUUUAUACAGAAAACAAAGACGCGUCAUUUUACAAUGUCAGCUCGAACGAUCACGAUGGUAUUACAUUAGACGAUGGUCUGACCACCCCGGAACCAGAAAUCCUUGAAUUCGACAAUGUCUUCGAUGAAAAUCCAAACAAUUCGAUGUACAAUACCAAGUCGAAGUGGACUGUUUCGAGAUGGAGUCAUUGUUCUUAUGGAAAGAGAAACAGAAAAGUCACUUGUUCGAAUCCAGGAGAUUGUAAUCUGGAUGACAAACCUAUCAGCGUAGAGAAUUGUCACGAGGGAAAGUGGAUCGUCGAUUGGGGAGCAUGCAAUGCGACUUGUCUUAUAAAAUACGGAGUCAAAAGUAGAGAGAUUGAGUGUCGUAAUCAAAUAACAAACUUAUUAUCUAGUGAUUGUAACUAUGAAAGAAAGCCAAUUGGUAGCAGACGAUGUUACUAUAGAAAACAAUGUAACAACGAUAAAGAUGAUUGCAAGGACAGUAUAAUACCUUUGUCAAUGUGUGCCACUUACAGACGCAUGUGCGACGUUUCCUCGAUUGUACGACAAAAAUGUUGUGCCACUUGCUUCAAAAAACGUAAACAUAUACGUCAUAACAGACGACACGCGUUUUUGUAACUCAAUUAAUGAUAUCCUUAUAAUGUUUAAAUUAAUCUUGUUAAAACGACGUCGUAGCCUUUACUACUUUUCUUUUCCUUUGUUCUUUUUUUUAUUUCUCAACGUUAUCUGCUUUUGACAUUAUAAAAAUCAAUGUUAAUAUUUCAAAUCAUAAAUAAAUAACAUCUUGAACAGCA